AUGGAUGCUCUGACCCCCACCUCCUCCGGGGAACGUGACCGGGCAGCGCCGCUGUCGUAUCAGCAUACCUGGAUCAAGUGAGUAGGCUCCCCCUCCGUGGGUCUCAUGCUUGCUUGCUUUGGUCUUGAUUCUCUUCUCCCCUGCGCUUCUUCCAGGCAGCAAGAUCUGCUACGGGAGAGAGUGAUUGUCGGGGACGAUUUCUGCUGGGCCUCGGGGGAUGGCGAAGGCGGCGUAGGUAGUUCCCUGCGUUACGUAGGAGGGGUGGACGUGAGCUUCGCCAAAGACGACCCUUCUAUCGCAUGUGGUGCACUCGUGGUCGUCGACCUUCAGCAGCGGACGCAAUGCGGAGAAAGCGAGAGCGCACCUGGAGUCAUCCACGAGGUCUACGACGUCGCCCGGCUAACGGUUCCCUAUGUCCCUGGCUUCCUCGCCUUUAGAGAGGUUUCUCCCCACCCCUCCUUCCCCCCUUCAUCCCGCUCUUCUCCAUUCAGACAUCCUUCCCUCACGACUCAGUCACGAGGAGCUCAGUUUUCUGGUUUUUUUUUUGUUUUUUGAGAUAAUUAUCAGAAUGAUUAGUCCCAAUGAUCGAGAAGAUAUGAUGAGUCCCUUUCCUUAACUUUAUCGCAUAAUAUCUGAAAUCUCAAAGGUAAUUCUGAUGAGUAGUCCCUGCGAUUUGCGGUUUUAGGCGCCGAUCCUUCUGAGGUUGUUGGAGAAGAUGAAACACGAUGCUCCUUCUCUCUAUCCUCAGGUAAGCUCUGGACAUCCCCUCGGCUAUUCCUGGUCAAUAUUUCUUUUCAUAUGCCGAGAGAGAGAGAGAGAGAGAGAGAGAGAGAGAGAGAGAGAUUGAUCCACAACCAACAAGGUUCGUUUAACUCAUUUUGGCGAUUGUGAUUUGGGUCACAAUGCAUCUCUUUCGGAGGGUGGUAACAUCUGUCAAAGAGAUAUCCCUCGUCCUUUCCUGCGAUUCUAAGUUAGCUCAUCUGUGUCUUCUGUGCUUUGCUCGACAUACGUCAUAAAUUCAUAGUCGGCAGCCAUUCCCUAGAAAUGAGUGUUUUUUUCUUCUUAUGGUCUUUUUAUAAUUCAGACUAAAAUCUUUGUGCCAGUCCUCGUGUUUAUGUGCCCUUAAUUGGCGCACCGUGUGCCACCAUCUCAUCUGGGGAGUUUACUCCAGCACUUUUGGCUUAUUCCAGGAAAUAUGCUCUUGCUGGCUCUUUCAGAUUUCAUACAACAUGUUUUUGUCACGACAAAUAUUUCAUGUUUCACUCUAAUCUGUUCAUGAUGUUCAUUUUGCUCGAGCUUUCUCUGGAUUUGGGUGAUCAUUCUGAUCUCGAAAUCUGAGAUCUCUUACUGUCUGCAGGUCCUGAUGGUCGAUGGCAAUGGAGUUCUACAUCCUAGAGGCAAGUUUUUCAGCAUAGUUGUGUGUUUUUUCGCCCACUUGCAGGUUAGUCAACUAAUCAUCCUUUCAUGACGUUCUAGGAUGAGAUUCUAUUGCAGAUAUGAUCAUCGCACCUCGUAGUUAGCUGCAAAUUAUAUCUUUAUUAUUCUUUAUACUUUUUAAUGAAGAUAACAUGUCUCUCUCUCCCGUCAUGCACUGUAACGAUCGCCUCAUAAAAUUUUACCAUGCUUCUGACUGCUCUGUCUGAGCUUGUGGCACGGGUUAAAUGCUCUCUUUCUCUCUCCUCUCCCCCUCCUCCCUCAAUUUGGCCUGAGGACAAUUUUAACCCGAGGAUCCCCAAAAGAUACGAUUAUUUCUCUGCUGACCAUAACCAUUUUUGUGGCAUCACUCAAAUCUCUGUAGCUUUUAAUUCCCAUUUUGCCAAUUAUUUCCGAGGUCUAAGGUUCUACCUGUGAGAGCAAUAUCAAGGUCUUACCGAAUCUGCUUAGGAGCAGUAGUGGUUAAACUUUGCAGCACUGUCUUUAGUAAUCGCUAGUAUGUAAAUGGCCCUGAGUGAUAUUGAUGCCGGAAAAUCUGUCUAGCACUAGAAUGUUGGAAGCUAUGCACGAAUAUAUGAACGGAGGAAAUAAUGCAUGUUGUAUAUUUUUCUUCCUAAUCCAGUGGGGAAGUCAAGCAGGCUUGUAGAUUAACUUUCUCUGAGUAGACAACUUUAUGAUAUUAAACCCAUCUAAAUGGUUCAUUUCUUCGUCUUAGUUCCUGGUGGCGUGGAUGAGCAGACUUGUACAUUGACCGGUUCAUGUUCAUUUCUGUGUGUUGCUUGUUCGGUUCAAUGAGCAUUUAGCUUUCUUGAUUAGAUAUAAUCUGACAUAAUAUUCUCCUGAAAGGGAGAAAAAGCGAGAUACAAGAAAAGAUCUGGGAUAUCAAUCUAAAUCUGUUGAAUGCAAUUUUUCCAAGUUUUUUAAUGCUACUUAAUAAUAAAAGAACUCCUGCCCUUUGAAGAUGCUCAUUUUUAUCCGCCACCUUGUCUUAUUUGACGAGUCGUGUAUUCCGGCGUGACUCAUUCUUUGUUCCGCAGCGUUGACUUCAUGGAAUGCUCAAACUUUUAUCUGUUAUGCAGGGUUUGGUUUAGCUUGUCAUCUUGGGGUUCUGGCAAAUCUUCCUACAAUUGGUAUUGGAAAGAAUGUAAGUUAGCCCGACAAUUUAUCUACAAAUGUGUUUAGUUCCUUCCGGAUUUACGACCCCUUUGAGGGCUUUUCGGCAGUGCUUAUAGUCGUUUCUUAUCAAAAUUCGUAAAUGCUUAUUUUCAGAUAAAAUAAGCCGAGAAAAGUCAUGAAUUAUGGUCUUCAGAUUCUGAAAGGACUACUGAUUCUUAUCUCAUUAGAAUAAUCAUCAUCCUAACAUGCCGAGUAGAAGAAGAGAGAAAUUGCAUAAAAUCUUUUAGGAGUAAUGCUUCUUCUUUUCUUUUUCUUUUUUUUUUUUUUGUCAUUCGAAUGGACUCAUUGUGAAUCUGUUAGAUUGUUUCCAUGCAAUUAAUUGUGUUUUAUUGAGUCGCUAUAGAUCUAGUUUGCAUCAAACUGAUUGGACCUCGCAUACAUUUUUCAUUUCAUUUUUUAUUUUUUUUGUGUGUACUGAUUUGUAAUAUGUACGAUUUUAUUUUUUUUAGUUGCAUCAUGUAGAUGGCCUUACACUAUCUAGAGUCAGGAAGCUCCUACAAGAUCCGGCAAACAUAUCCAAAGACUUGGUUACUUUAAUGGGAGACUCGGGAAGAAUCUGGGGUGCGGUAAGAGAAAUCACGCUGUCUUCUUUUUAAACUGUAGUUGAGGCCUGCCAGCUUGUCUAGUUUAUUUACCUCUUUGGGCAUUUUCAUGCUUCCAGAUUAAUUCAAACUUCUGCUAUGCCCUUCAGGGAAUAAAACCUCCCUCCCCUUUCAUUGCCUCCCAGUGGUUGAAUGGUAUUCUUCUGACAAGAUAAUGCUUCCUCACUCACUGCGAACCAAAUUAGUGUUGAGGAUUAUCUGGUUCACCUUCCCCAGAGUUUUUUAUUUUCUGCUCGAGAACGGAAUAAUCAGUGCCUUUUAAUCAUUCAUAGAAACCUGUUUGGUUUCAAGCUCUUUAGAAAAGUGCACUCAUUAACAAUGCCGGCCUAAGACCACACCGCAUCUGCAGGCAAUGCGGUCAAGUUCCGGUUCCUCAAAGCCCAUAUUUGUAUCAGUUGGUCAUCGAUUAUCUCUCGAAUCGUGCAUUAGCAUAGUCAGAAUGUGCUGUAAGCACCGAGUACCGGAGCCUAUCCGCCAGGUGAGCUCUACUUAUUUUCUCUUUAUUAUGUUGCCUCUCGACAUCUGAGCAAUGUGUGUCCGCGCACUUUCCUCUGACCAAGGCAAGGUCUUGGGCAUUGCUAUCCUUACAGUUAAAAUCCUUGGAUGCUGAAAGCUACCCUUCCGGGAAACCAGACUGUUCUGCUAAGCUUGUGGCAGUACCACUCUGUUGAUUGCUAUCACUGUCCAGACUGUUUGUAAACUAAGCUUGUGGCUGUUCUCCCAGCUUACUUCCCUUUUUUCCGUUUUUCGAUUUUCCCUUCAUAGCAAAUAAUUUAAAUGGCAGCGAGGAUGUCGACCUCAGAAAGUGAAAUUAAUCUACAUUCAAAUCUCCGAGCUAGUAAAUGAAUCAAAAAAAAAAAAAAAAAAACUUUGCCCCAAUAACCGAGAGGCACAGAUUUGUGAGCACUCUGGGGAGCACCCCAGUUGUUAUUUUUUACUCAAUUCUCAAAGCUUGAGAGUUCUUGGAAUCAAGUUAUUGCAAAUUAAGGUGUUGAUUGUGAUCUGCUUAUCAUGGUUGACGCAUGGUUUUCAUUGAAAGAAAUGCAGGCUGAUAUAAGAUCACGGCGGCACCUCCUAAAUACGCAAGGGACCACCCCAGAGUGA